GCGGGGUCGACCUGGGCCACCCCUCCAAUGCAUCAAGGACAAAAUAAUAAAAGUCGAUAUUAAGCAGCGCAACUUCCUCGUUUGACAAGGCUGGGACAACAGAAGUAAAAUUCUGAUAAAUAAACAGAAUAGGUGCCUCAAUUGCGAGAGAACACAUUGAAUAAUGGCUUCCGCAGCAGUAGAGUCAAUGCCGCCGGUAGACGUGGCGAACACGAAUGCGAGUGAUAAGGCGGCGGCAAUAGACAACGCGCUGGCAUAUAACGCUGCGACUACAAGCAGCAUCUCUGAGCCAGUUGAACCUCCGGCGGACCCAAAUCAUGAAGAAUUCCAAUACCUCAAGCUUAUCCGCGACAUCCUCGACAACGGCGAACACAGGCCCGACAGGACCGGCACAGGCACCCUCUCUAUCUUCGCGCCCACUCCCCUAAAAUUCAGCCUCACCUCCCCCAGCGGCUCCCCCCUCCUUCCCCUCCUCACAACCAAGCGCGUCUUCCUCCGCGCCGUCCUCGCCGAGCUCCUCUGGUUCAUCAGCGGCUCCACCUCCUCCCUCCCCCUUUCAGAAGCCGGCAUCAAAAUCUGGGAUGGCAAUGGAUCGCGCGCCUACCUCGAUAGCAUCGGGCUCACAGAGCGCGUGGAGGGUGAUCUCGGCCCUGUCUACGGAUUCCAGUGGCGGCACUUUGGGGCCAAGUACGUGGACGCCCAGACGGACUACACGGGACAGGGUGUUGAUCAGCUGGCGGAGGUGAUUCACAAGCUGCGCCAUACGCCGUAUGACCGCCGAAUUAUCCUGAGUGCAUGGAACCCCGCGGAUCUGAAGAUCAUGGCUCUGCCGCCGUGUCACAUGUUCGCGCAGUUCUACGUCAGUUAUCCACGCGCGAAGAAGGGCCAGGAGGGAGAGAAGCCAAAGGGUCAUCUGCAUUGCCAGCUGUACCAGCGCAGUUGCGAUAUGGGCUUGGGAGUGCCGUUUAAUAUUGCCAGUUAUGCGCUGCUGACGCAUAUGCUGGCGCAUGUGUGUGACCUCGUGCCAGGGACGUUCACGCAUACGAUGGGCGACGCGCAUGUGUAUCUUGAUCAUGUGGAGGCGCUGGAGGUGCAGUUGGAGAGGCAGCCGAGGGAGUUUCCGGGGUUGGAGAUUAAGCGGGAGAAGGGGGGUGAUGUGGAUGGGUGGACGCUGGAGGACUUUGAGGUCGUGGGGUAUAAGCCGCACAAGGGGAUUGCGAUGAAGAUGAGUGUUUAAUGACGGGGUGUGACGGAGUUGGAUUUGGCUAGAAGGGGUGGUUAUGAGCGGUGAUGAAGGAAAGUAAUCACCGAGGCUAGACCUUUGAUUUAUUAGCACAUUGGAGUAUUUUCUCCUCUCGAUUCAGAGAUACCUACAAUAGAUUAUAUUUAACC